CAACGCCAACGCCAAGAAGUCCAUAGAACUAGCAUCUGCAAGGGAAGAAGAUUUCAUGGGGAUGGGUGUCGAUGCUUGGUCUCUUGAAGACGCCAUGGCCUCAGGUUUCGCUCCUGUUUGGGGUUUUCAUGAGAGCGUGGAGGAAUUAAAGCACAAGCUUCUAUGUGCUACCUUGGAACUGGAAUCACUCCGCACUAAUGCCAAGGAAGAGAUGAAAAAGAACGAGGAGAGCAUUAACCAGUUGUUGCAGCUGCUUCAAGUGAUCACUCACGAGCGAGAUGAGGCCAGAGAACAGCUACAGCUUUUGAUCACAAAGAUCACACAGCCAGAGAGCCCACCUAUGAGGCAGACGAGAGCCAGUUCCAGUAUCACUGAAUCUGACAGCCUUUCUGGCACCCCCAAGAAGGAUCCUUCUUAUGGCGGUUCUCCUCGGCAUUCUCUUUUCAAUGUGGCUGCUUCUCCAGAAUUACCAAGUAUGAAGUUGCAGUGCCAAGAACGUGAACAAGAUAUGGCUUCUGCCGUCAUCAAUGGCCUCGUUACUAAGCCGUUGCCACAGAAGGGGAAUCUGCUGCAAGCAGUUCUGGAAGCAGGCCCUCUGCUGCAGACUCUCCUCUUAGCAGGGCCACUCCCUCAGUGGCGUAAUCCUCCACCUCUGCACCAGUUUCAAGUUCCUCCAGUUUCUGCCAUUGCUCACAAUUCUUCAUCUCUCAGCCAAAAAGUUGUGACGAGUGCAAAUAAUUUGGCUCACAGUUCUCCUAACAUACUCGUUAGUGAGAAAUCUAAGGAAGAAUCAAAUACAUACUCCUCUGAUUUCCUGAAGGGACCAGUGAGUUUGACCUGCAUGAGAAGUUAUGACAACUUGAGCUUGAAAAGGCAGAAGACUCAAUCCACAGGGGGUGCCUGAUGAGAAAGAUAUGCUCUUUCCUAAUUUCCAACACACCCUUCUGGAUAGGAACAAUUAGAUUUAGUUAUACUUUACAUAUCUAUAGCUAAGUGCAGGAGUUUGUUUUAUUCUACUUUUUUUUUAAAUUUUUUUUUGGUGAAGAAUGCCUAGUUUAACUUUGAAUAAUCUUAGUUAGGUGCUAUAUUUUUGUAGAAGAUUGUGUAAUAUUUCAUUGUGCUAGCAGCAGGCAAAUCUAAAUGCAUAUUUAUCAUGUUUACUAA